CACUGCCUGACCCUUCAACAAACAGACAUCACACACACACACACACACACACACACACACACACACAGCCUGACCCUACAACAGACAUUUCACACACACUGCCUGGCCCUUCAACAAACAGACAUCUCACACACACUACAUGACCCUUCAACAGACAUCUCACACACACUGCCUGACCCUUCAACAAACAGACAUCUCACACACACUUCCUGGCCCUUCAACAAACCCACAUCUCACACACACUGCCUGGCCCUUCAACAGACAUCUCACACACACUGCCUGACAUCCAACAAACAGACAUCUCACACACAUUGCCUGGCCUUUCAACAAACCGAUAUCUCACACACACUGCCUGACCCUUCAACAAACAGACAUCUCACACACACACACACACUGCCUGACCCUUCAACAAACAGACAUCUCACACACACUGCCUGGUCCUUCAACAAACCGACAUCUCACACACACUGCCUGACCUUCAACAAACAGACAUCUCUCACACACACACACACACACACUGCCUGA